GAAAACGUUACCAAACAGACUCCCAUACAAAAAGACAUCUGUGGAAGAGGACAGUUAGGAAACCCUGGAUAACACAGCUUUAGGAAAAUGAUGAUGUCUGAGGUCCUGCAGGUCCUUCGUGGGGCAGGUAAAGUGGGUUCUGCCAUGGUCACCACUCAGGGAGAACAGCUGCGGUUAAUGGCCUGCAACUCCUCACUAGGAGCAGGGGUUAAAGUGGCUCAGGACGUAGUGGAGGGGCUGGUGGGCACCUUCAUGGGCGGCAGCAAUACACAACAGUCAGUUACGGAGGAUGUGUUUCCGGAUGCGGAGGGCUGGGACAAUAUUGACCCUGAUGAAGCAGCCAAAUGGGCCAUGGGUGCAGAUUUCCAUGCUGAUGCAGCAGACCAAACCCAAACAGGAGCUGGAGCUGCAGGAGUGCACUCUUCCUCAGGGGCAGCUCCAGCAGGGGCGGGAUGGCCAGGGCAGAGCGCUCGCUUCCUCCACACGACCCCCGCCCUCCACCGGUACUACUACUACCAAACCAGAUCUGUCCAUGACACAGUGGUGGCCAGACUCACACCAGAAGACAUCAAGAAGGCCAGGGAGGCUAAGCAGGCCCUGGCCAAACCUGUCAAACAGAAGCUGAGCGACCGUGCCAGAGAGAGGAAGGUGCCUGCCACGAGAAUCAGCAGGCUGGUUAAUUUUGGUGGACUGGCAGUUGGGCUGGGGAUCGGCGCCAUCGCGGAGGUGGCGAAACAGUCGCUGGGAGGCAAACAAAAAGGAGACAUGAACGCCCUGCUAGACUCUCCACUCCUGUCAGAGGCCAAUGCCGAGAGAAUAGUCAACACAUUGUGUAAAGUCCGUGGGGCUGCACUCAAGAUAGGACAGAUGCUCAGCAUACAAGACAACACCUUCAUCAACCCCCAGCUGCAGAAGAUCUUCGAGAGGGUCCGACAGAGCGCAGACUUCAUGCCUACCUGGCAGAUGAAUAAAGUGUUAGAGCAGGAGCUGGGGCCAGGCUGGAGAGAGAAGCUAUCGUCCUUUGAAGACAGGCCGUUUGCAGCAGCUUCCAUCGGCCAGGUGCAUCAUGGGGUUUUAAAAGACGGUAGAGAAAUCGCCAUGAAGAUCCAGUACCCCGGAGUGGCAGAGAGCAUCAAAAGUGACAUUAACAACCUGAUGUCUGUACUGAAAAUGAGUGUGGUUAUGCCAGAAGGUCUGUUUGCAGACAGCAGCUUAGAGGUUCUUCAGAGAGAGCUGGCCUGGGAGUGCGACUAUGUAAGAGAAGCCGAGUGCGCCAAGAAGUUCAGGUCACUACUGGAGGGAGAAGAGCGUUUUCAAGUCCCCAACGUGAUCGAUGAGCUGUCAGGGCGCACAGUGCUAGCCAUGGAGCUGGUACAAGGAGUCCCUCUGGACCGCUGUGUAGACCUGGACCAGGAGACCAGGAACCAGAUCAGUUUCAACAUCCUCCAGUUGUGUCUCAGAGAGCUGUUUGAGUUCAGGUUUAUGCAGACGGAUCCAAACUGGGCCAACUUUUUCUACAACGCAGACACAAACAAGGUGAUUCUGUUGGAUUUCGGAGCGUGCAGAGGCUACCCAGAAUCCUUCACAGAUGACUACAUACAGGUGGUGCACGCAGCUUCCGUGGGUGAUCGAGCCACGGUUCUUUCCAAAUCAAAAGACCUGAAGUUCCUGACAGGCUUCGAGGCCAAGGCCUUCGAGGAUGCUCACGUGGAGGCGGUCAUGAUUCUCGGCGAAGCCUUCGCUUCCUCCGAGCCCUUCGACUUCGGCACCCAGAGCACCACCCAGCGCAUCCAGAGCCUCAUCCCCGUCAUGCUGCGCCACCGCCUCACCCCACCGCCCGAAGAGUCGUACUCCCUCCACCGCAAGAUGGCCGGCUCCUUCCUCAUCUGCUCCAAACUAAAGGCGCGCAUAUCGUGCAAGGACAUGUUCCUGGAUGUGUACAAUGCCUACAACCAAAGGAGGCAGGCAGCGCAGGCCAGUGUUUAGACGCUCAGGGAGAACACUCGCUCCAGAAAUAUAUCCACGUUAAGAACUACGUCUAAGAGUGGGUUUUUAGGUAAAGAGACAGAAAAGAUGGGAGUGUUGAAUCCAAAGAUGGAGACAAAGGACCAGAAUCACCCCGAACUCUACAUGGAGACAUAACUGACUACACCACAGUGCUCUCCCUAAUGAUGACUAUGAGUGUGCUUGACUUUAUCUGCUUGUGUCUUUUCAGUGCUGCAGAUCGCUGACAUCAGUCUGAGUGUGUAAUUACACGUCACUCACUGACUCAUCAAGACUGGAUUAUGCUGUCUCACGUAUAGACAGACAUACUGUAAAUAGUUAAUAACUAUAAUGACUUGGAAUUGAAUUGCUAUGAAAAUAAUGGUUCUGUCAUAACAAAUGCCUAUAUAAGGGAUUCAGUGUGUAUGUUAAUUGAAAAGGAAGAUAAUUUAAAUCAUUGUGAGGUUGGUUUGUGUUUCUUAUAGUAAGUGUCAUCCAUGUCAACUGUCAAAGCAAACACUCUACAUACAAAGGCUGCGGUACAUUUCAAGCCAGCUUCAUCUGCAAGUUUCUGAAGACAAGAUAUAUAUUUUCCAUGUGCUUCCAUGGCUAAAAUUAACUCACAUUGGCUCUUACUCACUCUGACAGCAAGUUCCACCAUAUUUCUAAAGAGCAUGGGGAUCUUCUGUCUUAAGGGCAGAUAAUAAGCCCUGUAAUGCCUAGCCAAUGCUGCGAAGUGCUCUAUUUUGCUAGAAGAACUGAGUGUGCUCGCCUAACGAGUUGGCGAAUAAAGCUUUCUCCUAAAAUGUAACGACUGGCAGAGUAGAUGAGCAGAUUAUCAGGGGAAUUAGAGAGGAUGAGCUAAUGGAGCCUCAGUAAUGGCCUCGCGUUAUAAAGUAUACUGUAUUUGAUACAAAACUCCAUAGUGUGUCAGUCUUGUUACAGCAGAGAAUUUUUUACAUUGGAACACUUCCUUAUGCUUUCUA